GAAGAAUCAGCCUCUGAAAAGAAAGAAUGGAGUCAACCUCCUCAGACUGACUGAUCACUUGUUGAAUAACCUCCAGCUCCUCGGAGGCUUUCUGCUCCUCCCUGGGUUUCAACGGUUAUUUCCGGUUCUGGUCGUCUGGAUUUCCGCUUCAAGGCGCAUCGCUGACUGGAAACAUCAUCAUCCACCCGCUUCACAGGCUCUAUACCUCCGCAGAGCCACGGUUUGAAGGUUUAUUGGAUCGAUAUGGCAUCUUUUAUUCACUCCGCCUGCUGAGCCCAGGCUCCGGGAGUCUGCUGCGGGUGGCACCGCUGGGUGGCACCGCUGGGUGGCACCGCUGUCUCCGGACGGACGGAUUCUGUUCGGCCAGCUGCUGGGACACAAGCAGGCUCGUAGAUCCAGUAGUUAUUCCGCUCUGGAUCCGAAUCUUUCUGUUUUAUGUUCGUGACUACACGGUCUCAGGAGGCUGGUCGUUAGCUCACUGGUUCGGCUGGGUCCUCCACACCGACCUGAGCGCCCUCUCCGCUGGGCAGCACCGCUGGCUCCAGCCGGUGAAAUGGCCACAAUCUCGUGUUAAGCAUAAAACGGUGUGAUUUGUGUCACAUUUGAAAACCAAUUGGUUUGGGAUGAAUUUACUGAGGGGGUGAACAUUUAGUAAAAGUACCGACCUUUCUACCUCAGAGGUCAGCUUCACGGUACGCCGUGUGAGUGUCCGUGUUUCAAAGGGUUUACGGACAUGGCCGAGUCGAAUCGGCCCAGCUCGGCAGACCCUGACGCCGACAACAGCCGGGGAUUGAGCCCGGGUGCCGUAAAGAGAAGGGCGCAGCAGUCUCCGGGGCCGCGGCCAAAGUACCAGAGCUCCACGCUAGGUCACUGCUUCAAGAAAGUCACCCUGACCAAACCGACCUUCUGUCACAGCUGCAGCGACUUCGUCUGGGGGCUCAUCGGCUUCCUGUGUGAAGUGUGUAACUUCAUGAGUCAUGAGAAAUGCCUGAAGACGCUCCGGGCGGUCUGUACCUGCAUGACUCCGUCUCAAGUUCAGGUGCCGGUGGCUCACUGCUUCGCUCCUGCUGCUCAGAAGAAACGCUUCUGCUGCGUCUGCAGGAAGCAGAUGGAGGGAAACACGGCGCUGCGCUGCGAAGUGUGCGAGCUGCACGUCCACGCUGACUGUGCUGCCUUCAGCUGCGCUGAUUGUCGCUGCUGCCACCUGGACAAGAACCUGCAGCAGGACAAGCUCUACCACCACUGGAGGGAGGGGAACCUGUCGGCGGCGAAGUGUGAAGUGUGUCGGAGGUCCUGUGGCUCCUCCGAGGUCCUGUCGGGGAUGAGGUGCGAGUGGUGCAGCAUUACGAGCCAUGCAACCUGUUGCCACCGGGUCCCACCAGAGUGCACUCUGGGACGCCUGCGCAGCAUGCUGCUGCAUCCAACCUGCGUCCGCCUCGAGUCCAGGAACUUCAGCAAGAUGCAGUGUUACCGGAUCACAGAAAGCUGCAACCAAGACCUGGAUAACUUGGAUGAAGCUGAUCCACCUGCUGCACUGACAAAAGAUGUUCAGCCCGCUGCUCCCGAGUCGGGUAAGCAGUUCAUCAAGGUGUUUGACGGUAAUGAUGCAGUCAAGCGUGGCUUCUUCCGAUUGGUCCCCAGCUGCAGAGGCACAAAGAAUGAAGAAGUGGAGGUGGCGCUGAGGGCCUUCUACCUGCCUGAUGAGCCUCAUCACUUUGAGCUGGAGGAAUUCAACGGCCUGCAGCAUCAACAAAGCGAUGACUUCCUGAACCGGAACGCCAAUAGUCCGGACAACAGAAACUCCCCAAAAGACGGAGGCGACGCCAGGCUGCUGAGGGCCAAACCGCGGCAUGACGAUGUCAUCAAGGUGCACGCUGCAUGGACCAGGUCAAGUGCGGCUUCUGUCUGUGUGUCGGAGACAAGCACCGCAGCCUCAGUCCUCAGCGAGGUCCUCCUUCACCUGGACAGACAGGGUGAGGACAUGUCCAACUUCAGUCUGCAGGAGGUCUGCAUGAGCAGUAAGCAAGUGCAGAGACAAACACUGAGUCCUCAGGAGAAGAUUGUGGACAAACUGCAAGACAUCAGGAAGCUGUCUCUGCGGCAGAUGAACCAGACUCGGUUCUACGUGGUGGAGAACAGGAACCCGACCGUGCAGGUGAGCCUGCUGAUCGUAGGACUGCCCCCCCUGACCAAAGAGGAGCACACUCGUUUGAUGGAGGAGCACCUGGACAUCAAGAGUCACCUGGUCACGUUCACCCACUACUAUGACUCUCAAGGUGCGGUGGCGCUGCAGAUUUCCUGCUUCUCUGAAGCAGAGAGAAUCUACAUGUUAGCUAAGGACACCUCCAUUAACAACAAGAUGCUGACCUCGCUGGUCAUACCAGAGAUCCAGCACAAGAAGCUGGGAGACGAUGUCUCCCCCCUGCUGGUGUUCGUCAACCCAAAGAGCGGCGGUCUGAAGGGCAGAGAGCUCCUCUACAGCUUCCGGAAACUUCUGAACCCUCACCAGGUCUUUGACAUCACCAAUGGAGGCCCGCUGGCAGGCCUGCAUACGUUCAGGGAGGUUCCCAGGUUCCGGGUUCUGGUCUGCGGGGGAGAUGGCACAGUCGGCUGGGUACUGGGAGUACUGGAGACUGUGAGACACAAACUGGUCUGCCGGGAGCCGCCCAUUGCUAUCGUACCACUGGGAACAGGGAACGACUUGGCUCGGAUCCUCCGCUGGGGGGCAGGUUACAGCGGCGAGGACCCUCAUCAUAUCCUGGCGUCUGUGGACGAGGCUGAAGAAGUACAGAUGGACCGCUGGACCAUCCUGCUGGACGCUCAGGACAUCUCUGAGGACGGCAAGGACAACUGCUUCCUGGAACCACCCAAGAUCGUCCAGAUGAGCAAUUACUUUGGUCUCGGCAUCGACGCAGAGCUCAGCCUGGACUUCCACCUGGCCCGGGAGGACGAACCCGAUAAAUUCACCAGCAGGUUCCAUAACAAAGGUGUCUAUGUGAAGGUGGGUCUGCAGAAGAUCAGCCACGGUAGGAGCCUCCAUAAAGAGCUGCAGCUGCAGGUGGACACGAAGGAGGUCCCGUUACCCAACAUAGAGGGUCUGAUCUUCCUCAACAUUCCCAGCUGGGGUUCUGGUGCUGAUCUGUGGGGAUCCGAGGCUGACGUACGCUUUGCGAGGCCGAGGAUCGAUGACAGCCUGCUGGAGGUGGUCGGGGUCACGGGGGUCGUUCACAUGGGUCAGGUGCAGAGCGGCCUCCGCUCAGGGAUCCGGAUCGCUCAGGGGAGCUACAUUAGGUUGACCGUUAGCAAACCUGUACCUGUACAGCUGGAUGGAGAGCCGUGGAUCCAGCCGCCAGGACACAUCAUCAUCUCUGCUGCAGGACCAAAGAUUCGGAUGCUGAGGAAGUCCAAGCUGAAGCAGAAGAAGUCAGCAGCCAACAGGGACGAAUGCUCGGAGAGUCCUUCCUCCAGAGACGGAAGACACUGACCGGCUCACCUGCAAACCGGUGUCCUGCCAUUAAGCUGCUUCCUGCUGCCCCUAGGAAGCUGGUCCGGUUCCAGUGGCCGUGAUUCCACUCAUGUAGCUUGUAGCAACGGUAACAGGCCACAGAUGCACAUGGAGAUAGACGCAGGUUAAAGUUUCCAUGUCCUCCUCCAGAGGAGGAGUCGAAGGAGGUCAUAUUUCAUUCCUGCUCCUUAAACAUAAACAGAACUAAUCAGAGUGGCUCAUUUUCAUCUCAGAAAUUGACCUUUUCUAUGACAUUCAUAUCAGGAUGGCUGAGUAGAUCAGGGUAGAACUGGACUUGGAUUCUUUCCAAGAACUCACUAGAGUCUGAGGGGAACCAGAACUACAGGUCCUUCUCAAAAUAUUAGCAUAUUGUGAUAAAGUUCAUUAUUUUCCAUAAUGUCAUGAUGAAAAUUUAACAUUCAUAUAU